GGAUCACCAUGGCAACGGCAUACGCGUCUGACUCCGGCAAACAUAAAAGGGGGGAUUUGGACCGCUUCCCGUUAAUCCUACUCGUUGAUGGUACCCGCUAAAAACAAAGUACCGUAACAUGUGUCGGCUCUUCAUGCCACAACAGACGAGGUCACCGUGGGCGGAUCGGAGGACGGAUACACACUAGGUGGCCCCGUGAACCGGCGAUGCUGACCCCUGAGAUUGACAUCACAAAAGGUUAUUUGACAGCUGAACAUGGAUUCAAACAAAGUAAUGCACAGGCGAAGACCCGAAGCCCCGUUAUUGAGGCCGGUAACAUCCACUAAGGACAGGAAGGCAUACAGGAUCCCCACUGUUUGCCUGGAGGUCAACAAAGUCAUCAGUCUACUCGAAGGUCCAUUGACAGCUACUUUAAAGGAGAGGCACCUUUUCACACUCAAGAAACUUCUGCAGAGGUCCCAAAACGGCUUUAUCUUAAAAGAGCUGUCGGCAAUCGGCAGGAUCCUCAAUAUAUGUGCGGAGAGGGCAAAGGCCCACCCCGAGUAUGUCUCUGUGUUGUGUGACGCACUCAAAAUCUGUGGACUUCCCUUCCUGAAGGAGAGAGCGUCCGAUGAGAUCGCCUAUGCCUACGAUGUCAAAGAAUUCCUCUCUGUCAUGGGGUGUUUGAUGAGAGUGCCGAGCGUGGAAGUGAGACACGAGCUGUGUAGCUCUCUCAAGUGCUUCUACAGCCACGUGGCCCCCAGACACCUGCUCGACGGUAUGGGGGGCCCCGCCACGACGCCCGCUGCCUCUCUCAACUCUAGCAGGAGAUUCUCUAGACUCUCCUCCAGGUUCCAUCCCUCUAACCCGGGGUACCGGCUGCAGGUGCUGGAGCAGAGCUGCGUCGCCGAGACGAUGGUCCUCUCCAUGGCAACCCUGGAGGACCAGCCCGCCGUCAGACUGCUGGUCCUGCACACCCUGCAGAUGAUGACCAGCACCUCAGACGCCAACUGCGCCCAGAUCCUGAGGGCCCGCGGGGCCGAGACGGUGUGCCUCACCAUGAACCAGGCCGACCCGUCGGGCCAGGCGCUGUUCCGCUCCUCCGAGGUCCUGUGGAACCUUCUGGAGCGCGGCUGCAGGGAGGCCGUGACCCGGCAGCUCAGCACCAUGCAGUGUAUCCUGGCCCUGAAGGAGGCCUUCCUCCAUCAGCUGCUGCGCGGCUCCAGGCAGUACGACCUGCAGCUCCGCAACGACCUGCUGGUCAUCACCACCCUCAUCGCCCAGAUCCCCAAGUCCCCCCUCAUAGAAAGUUUGUUUGCGAAGCAGCUCGUCGUUUUCGUCACAUUCCCUGAACUAAAAAGUCACAACCCUUUGGUCCGCAACCUGAAGCUGACCUACAACAGCGAGGACUUUGAGAUGAAGACUCUGCUGCUCAACUGGCUGGUCUGCAUGUCCAAGGACCUCUCGGCCCUGCAGCUCUUCCGUGAAGGCCGGGUCAUGCUCGCCCUGCUCACGCUGGCCAAGGCUCCGCGUAACCACGGCGACGGCCAGUCGCCCCGGGGCGGCGCCGGGCGCCACUGGUCCUCCGGGCAGCAGGAGGCGCUGCAGCUGCAGGCCCUGGCCACGCUGGCCCUGGUGGGCCCCCUGCUGGUGGAGGACUACACCAGCUGCCAGGGGAACACCUGCCUGCUGCUGCUGCUGGAGUGGUGCGCCGGGCAAGACACCUACUUCGGCCAGGGCCACAGCUUCCACGGCGCCGGGGGGCGGGGCUCGAAGAAGGCCCAGAUGCGGUACUGCGUGCGGGCGCUGCGCUCCAUGACGGCCCUGGAGGACGAGCUCCUCAGCCAGGACCUCUGCGACCAGGGCGCCAUCGGACAGCUGCUCGGGGUCCUCAUGCAGAUGGAGGACGGGACGCCCGAGGAGGACCAGGACCCCAUCGGCCUGGAGAUCAAGUCGGACAUCCAGCUGGUGCUGUCCGCCCUGUGUGAGACCGACCUGCACAGGAAGGAACUGUUUGGAGCCGAGGGAGUGGAAAUGGCCGUGCACUUCCUGAAGAUGAGCCCGGAGAAGUUCCACAGCGGCCUGGGUCACAACCGCCUCAUCCUCUCCACGGUGGACUGCGUCUGGUCCUGCAUCGUGGGAUGCUACACCACAGAGGACUACUUCCUGGCCAGAGAGGGGGUUUUCCUCCUGCUAGAUCUGCUCAGCUGGAGCCCGCGCUACAUGCGGGGCGUGGUCCUGGCCACGCUGCUGGACCUGUGUGACAACCCCAAGACCCUGUCCCACGUCAUGACCUGGACGGGCGCCGGGGGCCGGACCGCCCCCGCCCUGCUGCUCCUCCUCUGGAGGGAGGAGGAGGCGGAGCUGGGGGUGGGCCGGGACCAGCAUGGACGCAUAUCAGACCCCACCAGGCCCCUCCUCAGCUGCUACCAGGCCGUGUCCGACACCUCCUUCAGCGCGGGCCAGCCCAGCCCUGCCGUGCUGGACCUCUCGGAGAACCUCCGGGCCAAGGUGUUCUCCGUCUUCUGCAAGCUGGGCUUCCACGACCUUCAUGGACUGUCCACCGCGGACCACGUGACCCUCAGCAUCGUCAAGAGAUACCUGGACUUCAAGGUGGGCGAGGUGUGGGGCGAGGUGAUCCAGGAGCUGGCGCUGGACGGCGUGCGCCCCGUGUGGCCGGACGCCGCCGCCCUGGAGGCCAUGCGGAGGAUCGCAGAGGACACGGCGAGCCGGGUGGCCGAGGAGCAGAGCGCCAUCCUGGAGCGCCAGGAGAAGGACGAGCUCACCCAGGAGGAGAUGGUCUACACCGAGAUCAAGUCCCGUCAGAGGCAGCAGGAGCUCCACACCGAGGCCUGGGACCAGUACGUCUCCAGGACCUCAGACUACAAGGUCCUACAGGAGGUCAGAUCUCAGAGGGAGACAACAAUGGACCUGUCCCGGUCCAAGUCCAAACCGGACAGUGGCGUCCGCCACCCAUCAGAGAACUUCGUGGGCCGCGUGUUGAACCUGGAUAGCUCUGGGGAGCUGACACUGGAGAGAGUGCCCCUCCGUGGCGUCGCUCAGCAGGCGGGGGGGCCCCCUGGUGGCCGAGAAGUUCCAGAAUACUUCAGCACCGUGUCGGUCACAUAACCCUCCUGCUCCCCGCCCUCGAUUCUUCCGCUUGAGUCACUAUUCAAAAGCCAAACGUCCAGAGUUUAGUGUGAGGAUUCACUGUUGACUUAAUAAAGCAGUAGAGGACGUUAAUAAGGCAGUUUAAUCGUCUUAUUGUGUUAGCGGAAUAACUCUGUACAAAAAUUUGUACGGUUCGAUGUUUCAAGGCUUCCUGUGUGUGAUGCAUUACAGAGAGAGAAUGGCGAACUCUAGAAAAAGGGCAGAUUAUCUUUUUCAUCAGUAGGAACCUACGACCUGAUUGCCUCAAGAGGGUGGAAGGGGAUUACGCUUGAAAGUCUUUUAUUGCCCACUUGUGUGACAAGAGUGUACGAAUCAGCUUCAAAUAAACAUCUCAGCCUAGAUGACGGACUAAAGCAGUGUGUCUAAGUGGCUUUUUUUUUUUUUUAUCCCAAACAUCACCAAAAAAAACCACAUUUAACAUUGAAAAUGUUUUUUGUUUUACGAUGAUUUUAUCCUUGAAAGGUGAACGGAUAAAUCUCUACUCUGGGGACGAGAUCCAUUGGGGGGUCACACAGAGAGAGGGAUGAGGUCACUCGAUUUGCACAUUCAGCAAGCUGCGUGUAUCCCCACCACCCCCCCUUCCCCUUGUCUGGUCUACCCCUCCCCCCGUCCAUGUGGAUGAAGGGACUGUAUGGUACAUCAGGACCGCGUCUGUCUGAGGCUUCACACUACAAUAAACCCCAGUCUGGCUCCAAAUGACAGAGUGUGAAUAAUAGAUGGGAGAAUGCAGCUGUCAUCCUACUUAAUUAUAAGAUGAGGUACAGUUAAUUAAUCUAAUUAAUUAAUUAAUUACCUCAUGAUCUAUUCCUCUAUACAAUGUUCAUACAAUGCAGUUAUUCCCAUUUUGUACUGCCUGCUUGAAAUGUUUGUUAGCUAAUAUUACAAUUUAUAUACAGAAAUAUAAAUACCGCUAAAUAUUUCAAGGAAAAUGUAUUAGAGAAAAUAUACCUGAACAAGGAACACCCUUGACCCAAAAAGCAGCUGUCACAGAAUAAGGAACAUAAACCAUUCAACUUGAUAGAAAACCAAGUGGCUGAUUCUCUGUUGGUGUGAUCUUCUCAAGGACAAAAGGUGUGUUUUGUAAGGAGGAUGGUGAGUUGUUGGUUGGAUGAAUAAAAAGGUAUUCCUCCAUUCCCUGUUUUGAGGUUACAUAAGGCUCUGCAGCAACACAUUAACACACAUGUUUGUUCAAGCGCACACAACAUGCAGCACUGAGACACGCAACCCUCCCUCUUCACUUCCUCUCUUUAUCUCACUCUCUUCUCACGUCAUGGCUCUUUUGUAACCUAUUUUUUCUAUCGCUCUCUCUUCUUUCUUCCUCUAUCUCUAUCUUUUCUCUUUCUCUUCACUCUAUCUCUUCUUUGUCUUCUUUCUCUCUCUCUCUCUCUCUCUCUCUCUCUCUCUCUCUCUCUCCUCCCAUUCGUGGACCAAUCCGUGGGACCAAAUCCCUUUUGACAGGGCCAGAGCUUCCGAGCCACUGUUGCGUGUGAGUGUGUGUGUGUGUGUGUGUGUGUGUGCAUGUGCAUGCACGCCCCUGUGAAGGCACAGACGAGAGGUCUGUCUGGGACCAGGGAGGUGAGCCAGCCCAUUCAGACGGGCGGAUAGGGUCGGGGGCACACGUUGAACAGGGGUAGAGACAAAGAGAGAGACACACACACACACACAUCCAUACAAAGGGGGUCUCCACAGUCUAUGAAGCCGGCUGGAGCCACUGUUGGUUGGGGCUACGCCUGUCCGUAGAGUCGCCCUGCACAGAUUGAUGAAGUCCCUUUUGUCUCCUCCUCCAGCAGUGAGAGGACGUUGCCUGCUGACCCCCGAGAGAUCCAUCCUUGGCAGGCAUGAUCAUCAGGCUGAGCAGGCUGACCCCGGGGUACUCCCGCCUGCUCCAGAGGCAGGUCUCCGGGGAGGUCCAGGUGCAGCAUCAGACCAGCUUCGUCAACCCCAUCGCCAUGACGAUGGCCGCCCUGGGCCUGGGGGUGUCUCUGUACAGUACCAAGCGGCUGGCCGAGAGAGUCCAACUGAAACAGACGGCGAACUGACGCCGCACCUAAAUGUAGACACGCACCUGAGUGUCGAAGUCACGAUGGAUUAGGCUGCUUUCACUAAACAAAUUGUAGGGCCCCUGUCACUGAGCUGCAAAGUGCCAUGUUGUUUUUGUAUGAAGUUUGUUGUUUUGUGAGUCUUGAAGAAGGUUUGAAAGGUUUGUGUGGAAGAUGAAUAUAGUUCUGUAAUGAACUGGUUGGAGAAGUAAAGGUUUGUCCCUUGUACUGUGAUGUGAACAAAGAUUAAGAAAGUGUGGAAAUUCGAAAAAGACAUGGUCACCAUCAUACUAUAUGAAGCAGAUUUCUUAGGGAAUAGUUCAGUAAUAAGGAUAUAGAGAAUAUUUCGUCACCACCUUUUGUCAAGAAGUGUCACAUUAAUAAAUCUGAUGGACCACACAGAAAGUUCUUGAAAGUGAAUAUCUUCUGUCCUGCUAACUAAAUAUUUCCCCGUAUAUCUUUGUGAUUCAUUAUGUUUCCAUCUAUUUCUGUUUGUGUCAGCUAACCUCAAAGAUGUCGCUUAAACUGAUUUUAAUCUCUGGACCUAAUCUAGUCUGCUAGUCUGACUCUCUUGUAUGUAACAUUUGUAAACUCCUUCAAUCCCUUCGAUAUUAAAUAUCAUCCGGUUAAUCAAAUUAGUUAUGACGCAAACACUUCUAUUACUUAUUUGUAAUUCAUUUCCAUGAAUGGCUUGAAAUUAAACAAAAACAUUGAAAAACGAAA